AUGGAUGGAGAAUCACUUUAUGAGGCCUGGAAAAGAUACAAAGCCUUGAUUAGGAAGUGCCCACCAGAGAUGUUUAAUGAAUGGGACAGACUUCAAAAUUUCUGUGAGGGAUUGACUUUAAAAGCUCAAGAAGCUUUGGAUUAUUCUACUGGAGGAUCAGUACAACUAAUGAAGACAGCUGAGGAAGCUCAGAAUCUCAUAAACACUGUGGCAAAUAACCAAUACUUCUAUGCUUAUAAAAGGCAACGCCAACCAGCUCAAAGGAAGGGUGUAUUGGAGCUGGAAGGUGUGGACAACAUCUUGGCACAAAACAAGGUGAUGCAUCAACAGAUCCAGCAGCAAAUGAAGAUGAUGGCCAAGAGGAUUGAUGGUCUUCAAAUUGCAGCAGUGAACACUACAAUUCAACCAUCACCUACAUGGGGACAAAAUGAAGAGAGCUAUGAAGAGCAACAACCGAAGCAAGUUAAUUAUAUGCACAAUCAAGGUGCUGGUCAGAAUGAAUUUCAUGGUGAUACUUACAACCCUUCUUGGAGGAACCACCCUAAUUUGAGGUGGGGAGAGAACCAAAACCAACAAUCCUGGCAGAGAAACUCCAACCAAAAUUAUUCACUGAAGGAUAACAAGGCCAGCAGCAAGAAAGAAAUGGCAACUGAAGAGAAAGACCAGGAGAAGCUCAAGGAGAAAGAAGAAGAGCCACAAGCUUCAAAGAAGGGAAAGAAAGUCAUGGAUGAGCAAUCACAAGAACAGAGGAAGAUGGUGAAGCCUUACACCCCUCCUUCGCCAUACCCUCAAAGAUUACAGAAGGAGCUCAAGGAUCAACAAUUUCCCAAGUUCCUAGAAGUUUUUAAAAAGCUGGAAAUUAAUAUCCCCCUUGCUGAAGCAUUACAGUAA